AUAUCAAUUUCUUCUAAGCGUCGACUUCGUCUCGUUGCGAUUUUAAUGAGAUUUUACCAUUAAAUUAUGAAUUUUCUUUAACAAAAUUGACAAACAUGGCAGCAGUAAAGAAUAAGGGCCCGAUAGUGGAUCCCGCGUUGUGCCGCUGCUGCCGUUCUAUCAAGAAAUGUCGGCUUCUCAAUAUCGAGUAUGAGUGGUCGGGUACUAAAGAGGUAUACUCCGAGAUGUUUAUGGAUUGUUUUGGGUUGUUGUUAUCAAACCUGGAUGGUGAGAAGAAGGAUUCGUGUAUCUGCGCGACGUGUGUGGUGCGUCUGAGAGACGCGUGCGCAUUCCGCUCACAGGUUCUGAGUUGCGAGCAGGUGUUCCUCGACGCUCGCCUUGAAAACAGUCAAAAGUUCGACGUGGAGGUGAAAACGGAGCCGUGUGGAAGUGACCAGGACUCUCCUGUGGACGACGGGGAUGACAGGGACGAGGACUAUGCAGAACCAGACAUUUACCAACCUGAUCCAGAUCUCCUGGACAGUGAGGCGCCGAAGGAGGCCAUCGGCCUUAGAACCCGAAGCAAGGCUCGUGGGAAGACGAAGGUGGGGAAACGAGACCUGAUGGACAAGAUGCAGCGGCUCAAAAAUAAACUUGAUAGGAUGCUUGACAAACCUGAAACGAAACUUCCCGCACCGAAGAAAGCUAAGCCCCCACAGAAGAUCGUCAAGUCCGAACCCGACCACCAGGACAUGGUGUACAGCAACGCUGUGACCAUGAUCAUCAACUCGUACCUCUGCCCGUUCCAGAACCGCAUCAGCAACUACUACUGCUACUAUUGCAGAGACCAAUUCACAAAUCCCGUCGAACUCCGAGAGCACACACUUACGCACGACCCCAAGAAAGACUUCGAAUCAAUGAUGGAAAACAAGAAAAUACCCAAAAUUGACGUAACUAGAAUCGACUGUCGACUUUGCAGUGAUAAAAUUGGAGAUCUACCAACGCUACGGAGCCAUCUGUCGACUGUGCACAGUUUGAAGAUGUACGAAGUCACCAAUGAGUUUUUAACCUUCAAACUGUCGCUAGACAGCGUAGAAUGCACUGAAUGCGGCAUCUCCUUUCCAUAUUUCGACCUGUUGAAGAAACACAUGAUCGACCACUUCGGUACUUACAUCUGCGAUCAGUGCGGGGCGUGUUUCCUGGAGCAGAACUCUCUAAGAACUCACAUCAAGAGUCACAGUCGCGUGGAGACGUUCUUCCCUUGCGAGAUUUGCGGGAAGAACUUGAAGUCGAAGUACAGCAGAUACUUGCACAUAGCGACGGUGCACGAGAAGAAACCAACAGUGAAUUGUUACAAGUGUGACUCUUGCUUCCUGUCCUACGCUCAGAGGAAUAGACAUUUAAUAGAAGUGCACGGUGAUAAAAGAACAUUUUCGUGUAAACAGUGCGAUAAAGUGUAUAACAGGAGGAAGACGUUGAUGGAGCAUAUGCGAAGGAACCAUUUGAAAGUGUUCAGGCAUCAGUGUGACUUGUGCGAUCAGAGGUUCUACCUGCCGUCGAGGUUGAAGGAGCACAUGGCUACACAUACAGGCGAGAGGAAUUUUAGAUGUGAAUUCUGUGACAAAAGCUACCCUCGUUUGCAGUCCCUGCAAGAGCACAUCAGGUCCCACAGCAACGAAAGGCGAUACAAGAAAACCAGCGCCGGGUUUGAUAUGGAGACAACAUAUUAAUAGUUCAUUCUACCAUACAUAACAUACAGAGUGUUAGUGACAUUGUGACGAAAACUUUGAGGGAUGAUUCAGAGCAUGAUCCUGAGUUGAUAUCUGAGCUUAUUCCACUUGAUAUCAACUCAGAAUUUGGACAGUGUAAUAUUAUGUAAUAUAUUCCGCUAUUAACUGUUUACAAUUUGAAAAUUACCAAACUUAGCCUGACUGAAUGGAAAUUUCACGACCACUUGAACGAUUUGAAUGAAAAUUGAUGCAUAAAUUAACCAUUGUUUUAAGU